AGGAUUCUCGCGAUAGCCGACACCCGACUUGUGCGCCCGGGAAACCCCGUUCCUCCCUUUCCCCUGGCUGGCAGCGCGGAGGCCGCACGAUGCCUGGAGUUACCGUAAAAGACGUGAACCAGCAGGAGUUCGUCAGAGCUCUGGCAGCCUUCCUCAAAAAGUCCGGGAAGCUUAAAGUCCCUGAAUGGGUGGACACUGUCAAGCUGGCCAAGCAUAAAGAGCUUGCUCCCUACGAUGAGAACUGGUUUUACACACGAGCUGCUUCCACCGCACGGCACCUGUACCUCCGGGGCGGCGCUGGGGUCGGCUCCAUGACCAAGAUCUACGGGGGGCGUCAGAGAAACGGCGUCAUGCCUAGCCACUUUAGCAGAGGCUCCAAGAGCGUGGCCCGCCGGGUCCUCCAAGCCCUGGAGGGACUGAAAAUGGUGGAAAAGGACCAAGAUGGGCAGAGAAGGGCCAGGUCUGUCCUGCACAGUCUGCACCUGCCCCUCAGGCGGGUGGCAAACAGCGAGGGGCCUAACCCCGACCUCUGGCUGACUACUCUGGGCUCCAGGAAGGGGCCGCAAACUGACACCUCAGGGACAGAGAGAUCUGGACAGAAUCGCUGGACAGGUGGCAGCUGCCAACAAGAAGCAUUAGAACAAAAUGAUGCUGGGUUAAUAAAUUGCCUCAUUCGUAAUCCUGGUCUGGGUCUCUUGAUCUCUCAUGAGGAAGGAGCACUGCACUUCAGCUUGGAAAGAGGGGCCAGGGGGUUCCUGGAUGGCUGUGGAGCUCAAUAGGCCCAGAAACUUGAG